AUGGUUUCAAAAAUCAUAGACGGUAUUCUAAGGUUGCAGCAAAAAUUGUUUUUAUCACUGGAUUCCAGCCACGAUGACGUACGACCAAAUGUACUCGAAGAUUUGCUUGAUAAUUUGAAUGAAUUGAUAGUAAAAUCAUGUAAAACAAAAACAUACAGAGACUUUAACACAUAUUUUUCACGCACCGACCAAAAUGAGGUGGGUACCUUGGAAUACAAUACGUUCACAGAGGAAGACUACAAACACGCUCACAAAUUCCUUAAAGAAUCAAGCAUAUUAAAAAAUAAGUUGUACAAUAAACUUAAAUCAGAUAAUAAUAGAGUAAAUCCAGAUGAAGAGGAGCUAAAUGCUAGUUUAAAGUUAAUGAAGAUUAACAACAAUGAGUUUAAAAGCAGGAUUCUUAGAGCAUCGGAAAGGGUUUCACUGGCAAUGGAUAUCGGAGGAACAUUUAUUAAGAUUAUGUUCAAGUUUAAACCAGAAUCUAAAGAAUACUACGAAUACGUAAAGAGUGUGUACACAGGGUACCUGGACUGCCUGUCGUUCAUUCAGCAGUUUAAGUACGAAAAGCAGAUAGCCACACCAAGAAAUUAUCGCAACGAGAGCCUAUCGCAAAUGUUGGAGUUCAUGCUGUCAAUUUUCCAAAGCUUCGAAGUCGAGGACGGAAUAUUGACGUUCAAGUACGUGCCUCUGUCAGACUUGGAUCUGGUAGUGUCAACAAUAAAGGAAAAAAACUUACACGACGAUGGGAAAUCAAUAAAUUUGACGGGAGGGGGAGCCUAUAAGCACUUUGAAAUGUUAACGAGGGAGUUUAAGAACGUAAAGAAGGCCACUGAAGUUAUAUGUAUAGUCGAGGGAAUCGACUUCAUACAAAACAUCCCGAAUUCAAUAAUAGACUACGACUUAGACCACAGAAUCCCACGCAUUAUAACAAUGGAGCCACUGUAUCCAUACAUCAUAGCCAGCUCAGGGUCAGGGAUGUUUAUGGUAAAGGUAUCCUCUCCAUCUGAAUAUAAUCAUCUAAAUGGAAGCGCAAUCUCAGGAGGGACUGGCUUUGGACUCGUAAAUUACCUGCUGCCAUUGAAUAAGCCCAGAGAAUUUAUCAAACACCUAAGAAGAGGAAAUAAUAAACUGGAUUCAUUUACAGAGUAUCCCAUGGACUCAUUCAGGACAGUAAAUAAAUCUGAGCCAUAUGGGCUAUCAACAAGUUUAGGGGAAUUAGAAGUAGAUUUUGAUGACAGUUCUAAAACCAAGGACGAGGAGGUGACAGCUGAGGACUUGAAUAAAUCGGUCAUAGACAUGAUAUCGUACAACACAGGGGUGCUGGCGUACGUGGUCGCCAAAGCAUACGGCGUGAAAAGAUUAAUAUCCACAGGAAAUUACAUAUGCAGCCAUACAAUGGACUCAAUAGCAGCUGGGUUCGCAUAUCACUCGGAUGUGUACGACGAUAGGUCGAUACAACUCUGUUUCCCGUUCCACGGAGCAUAUAUACCAACAAUAGGAUGCUUCAUUAAGGAAUAUUGA